AUGGCUAGCACGAACGCCAAUGUUUGGGGUCUGCAGGAUCCAUCGUUGAUAAAAUAUCAAUCAUAUAUCGAUGGGAAGUGGGUGAGCGCAAAGGAGGGUGGAACCAUUCUUGUUACCAACCCUGCGACAGAUGAGGAACUCGGCACUGUUCCAGAGAUGGGCCUUGAGGAGGCCAAGUCUGCCAUUGCGGCUGCCGGGAAAGCCUUUGCGUCAUGGGGCAAAACUACCGCCAAGCACCGUCAUGACAUUCUGAUGAAGUUCUAUAGUCUAAUGCAAGAACACAACGAUGACUUGGCCAGGAUCAUUACAUUAGAGAAUGGCAAGACUUUUACGGAGGCAAAGGGCGAGAAUGCGUACAGUGCAUCCUUCAUGGAGUGGUAUGCUGAGGAGGCUGUUCGAACCUAUGGAGAACACAUACCUUCGCCGUUCACCAACAUUCGGAACGUUGUGAUUAAGCAACCUGUCGGUGUUGUCUCGAUUUUGACCCCGUGGAACUUCCCUUCUGCCAUGAUCACGCGAAAAUUAGGUGCCGCACUCGCAGCAGGCUGUACAGCAGUCAUAAAACCUCCACCUGAAACACCGUUUUCAGCUCUUGCACUAGCUGAGCUCUCUCGUCGCGCGGGUGUCCCAGACGGUGUCAUCAACAUUGUUACAACUCAAAAGAACGUUAUUGAGGUCGGCCGCGAGAUGUGCGAAAGCAAAACAGUCAAGAAGGUAUCGUUCACCGGAUCAACACCCGUCGCUAAGAGCUUGUAUGGCAUGGCUGCCUCCACACUCAAGAAAAUUUCCAUCGAAGCUGGCGGAAAUGCACCUUUCAUUGUCUUUGAUGACGCUGAUAUCGACAAGGCUGUUGAAGGGGCAAUCGCAUGUAAAUUUCGUGGUUCAGGGCAGACCUGCGUCUGUGCAAACCGUAUCUACGUCCAGUCUUCAGUCUACGCCGAUUUUGCUUCUAAACUCGCCGAGAAAGUAACUGCGUUUAAAGUCGGAAAUGGCCUGGAUGAAACAACGACGCAUGGCCCUCUCAUUCAUGAGAAAGCAAUCUCGAAAGUUACGCGACAUGUGGAAGAUGCUGUUUCUCGUGGCGCCCAAGUAUUGGUCGGCGGUAAACGUGUCGAUGGCGCUGGAACUUUCUUCACGCCUACCGUCCUUUCUGAGGUUCCUGCUGGGGCACUUUUCAAUGUUGAAGAAACUUUCGGGCCUGUUGCAGCUCUGACGAAGUUUGAGACAGAAGAAGAGGUGGUCGCCCUAGCAAACGACGCAGAUGUGGGUCUUGCUGGAUAUUUCUUCAGUCGAGAUGUUGGGCGUGUAUGGAGAGUUGCAGAAGCGCUUGAGGUUGGUAUGGUUGGCACCAACACUGGGUUGAUCAGUCAUGCUACUAUUCCUUUCGGUGGCGUGAAAGAGAGUGGCAUUGGGAGGGAGGGAGGCCACGGUAUUGAAGAGUACUUGAAUCAGAAGCUCAUUGCCUUUGGUGGGAUCUGA